UGUCCUCUCUGUCCGACGCGGUAUACACGUUCUAAUUGGAUUUUGUCGAUAACUUCGCGUGGGAUCUGAAGCGCUGUAAGGAGGAACUCUCUAACUACAGAUUCAGGGACUUCCCCUUCUUUCUCCUGGAUGCCCGUCGCAGUUGCAAAUGAGAACUUGUUCUCAACUGGCCUACCUGGUUAAAUUAAAACAAUCUUACCCAAAUGCAUGAUGGGGGUCUGCCACAACUUCUGGACCCAGCGCCCCCCACCUGACGCCCAUGAUGCCCAGCCCCUCAUCGCUAAACAAUUCAGUACUGAUGAUAGCCAGAAGGGGGCAGACAGAACACAGCUCAAAAAGAAACGCUGGUGUCGCAACAGCUGCCUUGGCCUGUUUCUGUUCCUGGUCGUGAUGAUGAUUGUGGUCAUCCUGGAAGUUGACCUCAAAGAACGGAUCUCACCCUCAACAACCAAUCCAGCAGCAAACAUGUCCCGAGGACCGUACCAUGUAGAAUACCCAUCAGAGUACAUCUUCAUCCUGGAUGAGCCAGAGAAAUGCCAGGAGCAGAACCCCUUCCUGGUUCUGAUGGUGCCAGUGGCGCCCUAUAACAGGGAGGCCCGUGAGGCCGUCCGCAGGACUUGGGGCAGUGAGAGGCAGGUAUUGGGCAAAGAGGUCCGUCUGUUCUUCCUGCUGGGACUGUCCAGUGGAGAGGAGACAGAGCAGGUCCAGGAGAAGGUGCUGCAGGAGAGCAAAGAGCACCAGGAUCUGCUGCAGAGCGACUUCAUAGACAGCUACAAAAACCUGACCAUCAAGACCAUGGUGAUGAUGGAAUGGCUGAGCUCUCGCUGCCCUAACGCCUCCUACGCCAUGAAGAUCGACUCAGACAUGUUCCUCAACGUGAACACCUUGGUCAACAUGCUGCUUCACGCUCCAACACAGAACUACAUGACUGGACGAGUGGCCCAAUGGGCCGCCGUUCUAAGAGACCCUAACUCCAAAUGGUACCUUCCAAAGGAGGUGUUUUCUGAACCGGUAUAUCCACCUUAUGCUCUGGGCCUGGGCUAUGUCUUCACCUUGGACCUCCCCAGGAAGCUGGUGGAGGUGUCCAGGCAUGUUAAAGCCGUCUACAUAGAGGAUGUGUAUCUGGGACUGUGUAUGAGACACCUGGGCAUCCGGCCUACUGACCCCCCCAGUGGAAACCUCUUCCAUGUGUCCCCUGUGGCUUAUGACCGCUGCACCUACUCACGGCUGAUAGCCACCACCACACACAGUAUCACUCACCAGGUCAACGCAUGGACAGACCUACACAAACCUGGUCCUCCCUGCUGAUCUCAUACAGUAACAGACUGACUGAUGUACCAAUCACUUCCUCGUUGUUUGUUCAUACACUAACUAAAUAACAAACCAAAAACAAAGAUGGCGACACCUCCAGGGGAAAAAGAUAUUCUGUGCAUUUGGAAAGUAUUCAGACCCCUUGACUUUUUACACAUUUUGUUAUGUUACAGACUUAUUCUAAAAUGGAUUAAAUAAAUUUAAAAAACCUCAGUAGCCACACACUACCACCAUAAUGACAAAGCAAAAACAUCAUUUUUGAAGUGUUGGCAAAUUUACAAAAUUGCUAUGAGACUCACAAUUGAGCUCAGGUGCAUCAUGGUUCCAUUGGUCAUCUUUGAGAUGUUUUUACAACUUGAUUGGAGUCCACCUGUGGUAAAUUCAAUUGAUUGGACAUGAUUUGGAAAGGCACACACCUGUCUAU